GUAGGGAGAAGCUUUGGGACUUUGUUGCAGUGGUACAGGGAACUUGUCUUGAAACUGUGUUGUGGCUCAUGAGGUUUGUUUUGUGUUUCUGUUUGAUUUCGAGGCAAAGAAAAGUCUUAGUACCUGAUUCUAAGUAUAAGAAAAGUCUCCUCAGAGAUCACUGCACCAAAAUGUUUACUCUCUAGGAUUACAUUGCUUUGCAGUGCAUUGAGGUUGCCAGUUUGCCUUUAUCCUGAGGCUUUAUCCUAUGAAGGCUUACCAAAAAUAUUAAUGAAUGGGAAGUGUCAGCCAGUUCAACGUUUCCAACCCUAACUUUUUCACAAUGCACCCUGCCACUAGCCUGCUAAAAGCAGGCUUUCAGUUAAAGCUCUGUAUGAUAGUAUAGAGAUACUUCAGCAAAUGGCACAAGCGAGCCCUGAAUGGACAAGGAAAAAUAAGUGCACGAGGACAGAACUACAGCCAUGAGCAAAAGCUCAGAUUUUACUCCCUCUCCGCAAUCCCACAAGCAAGAAAUACAAAAUGCAAAUUAAGAAAUGUUCAUUUACCAGAGCCAGAAAAGGUACGCAGAGAAGAAAAUUAAAGAAAAAAGGUUUCUUUAAAGAAAGUAGGCAGUGACUCAGAAAAUAAGAUUUUGUUUGUAUCUGGCAUUAACUUAGUGUUGAUAAGCAAAAAUCAGUUCAGCAGUAGUUUCAGAAAAAGUGGUCCCUGUACAAGCAAGAAACAAAGCACCAAAUGCAAUUUGGCAGUGGUUGAAUGUGUGAAAACAUGGUCAGUGUUGUGCGAGAGAGGACAGCAAAGUUGCCAAGCCAAAGUUGAACUAGAUGGGCUAACUAUCACUCUGCCAGGAAAGCCAAAUUGCAAUACCAAGGAAAAGGACGAAGGUUAAAAUAUCAGGAAAUAAGAUUACUGAGCAAUAUGUUUUGAUUGAUGGAUGUAUUAAGUUACAGUUAUACUCACUAAAUAAGUGGCAAAUGAUGCUUUCAGUAGAUCUACAAACAAAACAAGUGCUACUUGAAGAGCGUGCAUGUGAUAUUGGCUUUUUUAUAGCAAAGCUGCACACAAAUUUAAUGUUUUGGAAAGAAAACCAGUAACAUCUUCCAGGUAAAUUACUCCAAGAAGUAGACUGCUUGUGUCACUCACUCCAGCAGUUUUAUGGACUACUUUCUGGAGAGAAAAAAUAAUCUGUAUUUCUAAAGUAAUGAAAGAAAUUAAGCAAAUAGACAGAAUCUUUGUUCUGAAGGACAUAAAGCCAGGUAACUGGCCCUAAGAAACUCAGCCAAAAUGCAUGUUUGCCUAGGCACAAGCAAUUUAAACAAAACUCCCUAAAGAGUUGAUUGUCAGAUGCGUGUGGAGAAAGAAAUAUGAUCUGAUUUGGGGAAAAGCACCAAUAUUCUCACAGUUUGGUGCCAGAAAUUAGUAUUGGCAAUUCGGAUAGAGUGCUCCUUUACCUCAUUAGGAACACUAGUAACUGGGCGGAGGGGUUGAGGAUGUCCCUGGAGACCUGAUUUAGGGAAUAUAUUAAGCCUCACAGCAGCUGUUAUGAAUUUCAUGGCAGAUGACAUUCUAAGGUGUGACUGUGAGGAUAACUGGGUGGAUGGUUCUUUUGUCUCCUAGAAAGAGCAAACAAAGCAAACCUCAAGCGCCUGAGAAAUAACUGCAACAUCAUACAUGGCAGACCUGCUCAUCAGCAGGAUCUAUGACACAAGUCUGGAAAAGUCACCACAAAAAGCCCAUGUGUCUGUAGCUCUUGUCAUGUUGUAAUAUGCUGCCUGCCCAUCAGGAGAAUUUUAGCAUUUAGUAAAUAUCAACUGAGGCACCUGUGAGCUGAUUUGCAGACAGAAGCCAGGAAGAAACUGUGAGUGGGCAAAGAAGUGUCAUGAGCUUUUAGUGUUCACACUUGUUCUGACUGGAGAAAAAGAGAAGCCUCAUCCUCUUACGUUUCCAAAAGUAUUGCUACAGAUUGUAUCCAAUAUAAUAGCAUUGCUUAUGAGGAUACGGAAACCUUUAAUAAAUCCUAAGUCAGGGGGUUCAGGAGCUCAUUGCGAGACACAAUCAGAGCUGUUCAGAAUGAGAAGUAUGUCUCCAGGCAGAAAGAGGUGCUGUUCACUGUGUAAAUAGGGCUGUGAUAGUGAACAGGGACUUGAUAUCCAGUGGGAUGUAUGCAUAGGGACAGGAUGCAAAAAAGAGACAGUGAAAUACACAGCUUCCAAGUGUACAACAGAGCAAAGUGGGAAGGAUGAAUGGCUUAACUGUGGGAAAACACAUUGAUUUUGAAUGUAACCAUUCCAACAAGGACUAUAUAGAGUUGACCUACUCUUUGCUGCCCAGCCUAGAAAGCUAAACACUAUGUGAAUUUACGUACUUCUUUAUCACUGCAGAUCUUUUUCCAACUACACAAGCAUCCUUAUUGUAGGCAAUUUCUUUCUUUGCUAGCAACUUGGUGAACUCCCUAACUCCCAAGUGGUGACUGGCACUAUGAAGUGAUAGGGCAUUUUAGCUGGCACAGCCUGCUAUCUCAUUCCACCACGUCACAACCAACAACAUUCUAAUGAUAGAUUAGCACUUAAAAUUAUAAUUAUACUAUCUGUGUCCUUCUGUGUGGUCUUAAGUUUACUGUAAGUGCUAGGACUGGUAUGAGAAACAGGCAGGAGAGCCAAGUAAAGGUUGAAUUUUUCCAGUACCUGUAAACAAAAGACAUCAUAAACAAAACACCUCAUCAGGAAUAUUUGUUCAAUGUAAAAGAGGCAGUUUUACUGCUAAUUGAGGAGAUCUCUAUGGGGAUGGAAGGCUCUCAUGUUGGCAGUUGCUCACUGUAGCUUGAGAGCCAUUGGUCACACGAGGCACUAAGCCUUGUUCAGUAUUCAGAGCGCAGCAGCAUCCAUCCCUCAUCUAACCUCUCCUUGGGCACAGAGGUACAGGCUUUAAUUAGAUAAAUCUUUAUCAUGGAAGGGAGCAAAGGACUGGCCCUGGGACUGCCCAUGUGGUCAAUUACCCACUACAAGAACAAAGCCUGAAGAUGAGAUGUAAUACACACAGGAUGCCCUCAGCUGGGGGCUGGUCAGACAGGAAUAUACACAAACCAACUUGGAGCAUUGCCCUACCGGCUGAACCAAUUGCAGAGCUGUCUCCUCCCUUCCUCCUGAAAGGUGGAGCUCUUUUCACUAUCCUGAUGUUUUUUUCCUCUUCAGUUUUUCCAAAACUUUUAAUAUACCAAGUAUGAAACCUAGAAGACAACAAUUUCCACAGCAGUGAAUAGGUAAUGAGUCAUGAAACAAAACCAAAGUAGCAGUGGCAAAGAUGAGCUGUGGAGCAGGGGUGUGUACACGUAUAGAAAGGGAGAGGUUUUGAAGGGCCUGUGGAAGGAUAUUAACUGUGUAAGUGACAGUAUUCAAACUUGGGCUUCAUAAUUCAGAUUGUGAUUAGGGAAAUGGCAAAGAAGAGUUUUGCAAUGGGGCACUUUAAUCAAUAUAAACUUAAUUGUAUAUCUCUGUGUGUUAACAAAACCCUGGUCUGACAAACAACAGAGGGAUUCCAAGUAUGCUUAAAAACUUACCACAAAUGGCAUUGGUUGAUGUCAAGAGAAUUGAGCCACUAAACAUUUGUUUUCCAGUGCCUUCCCUACAGCAGUAACCUUGAGCUCAUGACUGAAUGCAGAAGGGCUACAGGAAAGCAGAUCUUGAAUCAUCAUAGGAGUGCCUUCAGGGAAUGCUUGAUUUCACAUUCCCUGUAGGAAUAGCAACACUACCUAAAAUUAAGCCCAUUAUUGGCUUUCUCUUCAUAUACUCAGAUAUCAAACACAAAAGACACUAGUCUGUACUCUUAGAUGCAUUCUAAUAAAGCUAUUAGGAUUACGGAGCAGAGGUGGUAUAACAGAUAUAUCCUCCUUUCUUCAGGAAGUCUCUAAUUGCCCAUCCUCUUAGAAGUGGAAGAUUCAGAGCUCCCAAGUGCUCCAUGAUCUAAACAGGUCUGACUGAUGUUAUGAAUGAAAGCCUUCAAUAAAGAAACACUUUUCUGUUUCUGUUAGUACCUGAGGCAUGAAAUGGUACCAGCCUGAGUCUUCAAGCUGUGUAUGGUUUAGGUGAAAGUGGUAGGCUCGGACGAAAGGUGGAAGGAGACAGGUGUGAGGUGGCAAGUGCAGAAGAAGAAUUCUAACAACUGAAAAAAAGGAAAAUGGAGUCUGAACAAUGGGGAAAGGAGGACCUAAAGCAGAAAGUGUCUGGAGGCAGUGACAGUGCACAGCAGACUACCUGGACAGGCAGCAUUGGAAUAUACUGGCAGAGCUGAGUGAGAAUGGUGGUCUAGAAUUGUUUGAGUUGUCAAGGUUGAGAUGUACUUGCAAAGGUGGAAUAAGAAUUUUAUUCUUAUUCCUGAUCGGUAAUAUGCCUUCCCCACCCAGGCCAACCCUUUCUCUGUCUCCUAGGAGAAGCUAUGAACACAUCUCUUGUUUACAUUAUGUUUACAACCAAUAGAGAAAAUGUAAUUUUAUUCUGUUGAGGGCUGCCCAUGAAUUUAAACAAUAGGCUUCAAAACACUAACAUAUCAAAACAAGUAUUUCAGGGGGCUUUAGAGUCUUGAUGCAUACCACGCAUCUUGAUGUCAUUGGUAUGAAUUAGUACUGUGGGCCUUCCAGCUUUGUCUCUGACAGGGGUUCCUGUUAGGUGGACACAGACAUUUGUGUUAGCCAUUCCUUUUCAGGGAACUCUGAGGCAUUUCAGGAAUUUGUCUUGUAUAUCAGAGUGCAUGUUCAUCUCCGUGUGUGUGUUCCCUAGGCCUCCUAACAGAUGAAGCAGCUGUGCCCCUUGGUGGAUCUCAUAAACUAAGCAGCCUUUAUCCAGCCUGUUCCUGUUUUAGUUGUGCUUUACUUCUGUUAAUAAAUCCUCUCUUUUACAUGGCAAACAUCACCAGGGCUCUAAAAUAAGAACUAACUGUCUAAGGUUGCACAGCUGAUAACAUAUGCCUGUUUUCACCCAUCCCUUUGCAUUGCUACAAGAAGUGCUCAGUAUGGCUCCAAGGAAAUGCUCUUCCUGGUUUCUGCCAACAGCAAUGCCCCAGGCGGUGAUGGCAGCAUGCUCUGUAUUGCCAGGGCAUGCUGCGUUUCUGACGUCCUGGCUACCUGUGGACAAGGGACACUGCAGUCUUGAAAACCUUUUUGGAGUCAUGGUCCCAUUACCCUGACAGAUGCACUAGGUUAUGUGGUGUCUACCAAAGCCCAAUGGAGGGCACGAGAACCUUUCCAUUCCUGAGUGAGCCUGUCCUGCAGGUAGCAGAUUGGCUGCUUGCUCUGCAGCGAAAGGGGAGUUACAAGCAGAUCAGAUUAGGAAAGGGAUACCUCUGAAGAGCGUAACAGGUGGUGUCUCUAACACUUGUGAUAAUAGGAUUGUUAAAGUCAGGAAAGCAUUGAGGCAGCUGGGCCGUUCACCCCAUGCAGCGAGUGGGGUGUCUCACAACCUCUCUCCACCUUAUGAGAGCAUGAGGACAUCAAGGGCGCACCUGCAGCUCAUCUCUGUUCCACAGGUUGUGUCUCCUCUCCCCAUUCCUUGGGGAAGGACUGUGUAAGGGGAUACAGCUCUGGGUUCUUGUGUUAUGAACAGAGCCUGAGGAGUAACCGGUGCCAAGUACAGGGGCACGAUCCCUUCCCUACUGCUGCUGGCCACGCUGUUUCUGAUACAAGCCAGGAUGCUGUUGGCACCUGGGCACACUGCUGGCUCACGUUCAGCUGGCUGUCAACCAGCGCCCCCAGGUCCUUUUCCACCAGGCAAUUCAAUGUCUCUAGUCAUAUUCCUAUAAACCGGUCUUGGGGGUGGAAGCAGUUCUUUUAGGGAACCUCUAAUGCCAAUGUAUUGCAGGAAUGUUUCCACUGCCCCUCAUGGGAAAACCUCGUGGCCUGGGCAGCAAAAACAUCAUUGAAUCUGCUGGUACUGACCAGAGACCUCUCCAUGCAGUUGAUGGUGACAUCCGCAAAAAUGAAUGGGUAUUUCAUUUGAGGAAGAAUAGCCUUUAUGCAAUGAAGGACAGCCCAGCUUCAACAAAAAUAUUCACCAUCUUGAACCUCAUUGGGUAAACAUCAUUAAAAACUGUGCAGUCAUUAUAAAUCCUUCUCCCCUUCAGCUGAAAACCUUUCCCUAAUAGUGCCUUUCAAUAUAAAGGAGCCCAAGAGCAUGGGGUAGUAUCAUCACUGAUGGCCAGCUGAUUUGGUGGUGCAAAGCAAAGGAAUUCUGUUUUCAACAGAGCUAGUUCAUCUGAAGAAAUAGUCCUCAAACAGUAUGGAUUGAUUGCCUUAGGCAAGUGACUUGAAGCUCAAAGUAUGUUUAUUCCCUAUGCAGUUUUGGACAGCCAGUGGUCCGUAUAGCUGGGUUUGCUGAUUCAAUAUCCAACACCCUCAUGGGCAGCCUCUUGCUACUAGAGAGAAGUGGAGCUCAAGAAUGUAGCAUGCAAAAGGCACGUGAAGGAGUGAGAUCAGGGAAUUAAUUUUGUUUCCUUAAACAGUGAUAAAAAUGCCUUCAGGAUCCCAGUGCACUUGCAAUAACAUAGUACGACUACAAUCAGCUCUUAAUACUAUUUAAUAAAGCUGCUGAUUAACUUAGGUAACAGUAAUUAGUAAUUGCACAGAUAAAUAACAAACUUGACCAGUCAGCAUUGAGAAACCAUCACAAUGAAACAAUACAGUAAUACUGCUUUCCGUUUUAAGUCUGAAUUUGGGCAUCCCUCCUUAAUACCCUGCAGAAGUCUUUUUUUCCAACCUUGCAGAUACAAUUUGCUAUCAAAGGAGCCUGCAUUUCUUUAUUUUGUAUUUAUUGCUGACCUGAGGACCUCAUCUAUUAUUUGCGGGGCAGAGGGCUGUGAGAAAAGGAAGAACAGAAUUUAGCUGUGGUCUGAAAGUUUGUAAUGCCUUAUUUGAAAAAGUUUGUAAUUCAGGAAGGCUUUGAAAGAACAAGAUUAAAUGUAGGUUUUCAAACCCAAAUUACUCUGAUAAAUCCCACUCAUAGAGUAGCCACUCCAGGCAUUUCCCUGGGUUUGGAGACUCCAGGAAUCCAUUAAAACAUCUGCAGAGGUUCCUUACAACUCCUCCUUGAUCCCCACUUAAGAACAGGGCUCACCAGGUAUCUGUCAGGAUAGAGCUUGCUCUAAAAAGGCAUCUUGUCCAGCCAGGCCCCACCUGGUGCUUCAAAGCCUGCCUUCUUUUCACUUCCCAAUUUGAGGACCUGCAUCCACAGAGCCCUAAAUUCAAGCGUACCCACCUGCCAGCAUCCUCCUUCUGCAAAGCUACAUUCUUAAGGUUAAAUAUUAGCCAGCAACACCUCACAUACAUAGGAAUUGGCAUUAUUACUUAUGUAAAUGUGUAAUUACUGAAGAAAGUUUCCAAGGAAGGAAGUAUAACCUGUGGAGCUCCUCCUGAGCUCCUUAGCUGUGACAAAGAAGUUGGGGCACCGAGCAGCUGUGUGAAUGGUGUGCUCUCCUCACCCUCCUCCCUUGCCUGCUGCCAGCACGCAGCCCAGCAGAUUCUGGGCUUACAGUCGUCAUGACAUUUACCCAAUUCUGCCGUCUCAUUUUGCCCUGUAUCUUAAAAGGCACCUGAUAUAUAUUGUGUCUCGAAAACUUGCUCAGUGGAGAGUGCCAACUGCUGCAGUGAGGCAGGUCUCAGCAGAAGGCAGCCCCAUAAAUGACUUCCUGCUGACCUUUGCUUCCAGUACCAAUAUUUAGCAAGCAAAUAUUUAAAACCACACCAUUAAGAAGGAAGGCAUAGCUUUACCGUGGACAACUCAGACGCAGGGUGCUCCUGAGAAGGGACCAGGAUGUGCAAGGAAGGAGCAAGCAGCCUCUUUCCCCUCCUCUCCCUCCUAGCAGAGCAGCCAGCCCUGCCUGCAGUGCUCAUGGCCGGGGAAGGGGCAGAUGCUCAGCCCCCAACAAGGCUGCUGUAUCAAGCACAGCAGGAGUUUUAAAGCCCUGGGGGGCUGCGUGGAACUGUUUCAAUUCCAAAGAAAGAACAACCACGGCCAUCCUUCCCGCUCACGUUGCCUGCUGCCCCAGAUAAGCAGAGGCUAUGUGACAGGGAGGCCACCUUGUCUAUCCACCUGCCUGGUGUGACCAGAGCACGGCUGUCUCCGGAGGACUGUCCCAGCCACUGGUCUGUUGCUAUGGCUGGGACCCACAUACUGAUGAGCCUUCAGGAAAUGAAUUGGUCUUGGUCAGCUGCAGAAACAGGCCAAGAGGGUAUUUUUCCCUCAGGAGUGGUCAGAAUUAGCUCUGUUGGUCAGUUUAAAAUUAGAUACUUGCACCCAACAAUACUCUUGCUGUUGGAUUUUUAUAGUUUUGUCUCUUCUUUUUUAAAUGUGAAAAAUAAUCAGUCUUAAAAUAAAAUAAUUUUUAAAAGAAAGAAUUACCCUGGAAAGAGUGAUCUAUAUAUAGGGAAAAACCUUGCCAGGGGGACACCACAGCAGUGAGCCCAAGCCACAGAAAGCCUGGUCACAGGCUUCCCUUUUCCGCAGCUACUCAGAGGUUAACCAGGGUCUGUAAGAAAACAGCUUAAAGAAAGAGCCCUGCUUAGUGCCUGAGUGUCUUGGGCUGUCCCAGGGACUGCCAGCCUAAUACCCUUCCAGCAGCCCCUCCCUCUCCAAGGCGAUGCUAAGCAAACAGAGUCAGCUCUCACCCUCUCCCCAGGCAGCAGGAGGCUUGCUGUGGGGAUGGACUGGGACCAGUCUGGGGCUCAGGAGGUCGCAGAAGAGGGUGUUUCACUUCAGAUGGGCACAGAGCCAUGUAUAUAUAAACCCUGAGGCAGCAGCCUGGGAGGAUUGUUAAGCACACCCACACCUCGGCUCGCUUGGCAGAGUGGUGAGGUGCUGCUGGGAGUCCCAGGGGCUGAAUCCCGGUGUACAGGAGAGCAGGAGCGAUCUGCCCAUGGGCUCCCACCUGCUGAUGAUGCUGAUGCUGCUUCAGGCAGUCUGGAAAGGUGCUCUGGGAAAAUCCCAUUCACUGCACACCCGAGGAAUCAUUGAAUUGGCAGGAGCUAUAUCGUGUGGCACAGGACGGUCUCCCUUGGCAUAUAUUGGCUAUGGAUGCUACUGUGGACUGGGAGGACAAGGCUGGCCUAAAGAUAAAACAGACUGGUGCUGCCACAGGCAUGACUGCUGCUAUGACAAGGCAGAGAAGGAAGGCUGCAACCCCAAGGCACAGAGGUACAAGUGGGAGUGUGAGGAGAACACCGUGCAGUGCGAUAACGUGACAGACCGAUGUGAAAAAAUGGCAUGCCUGUGUGACCAAGAAGCAGCCAAGUGUUGGGGAGCAGCCCAGUACAACCCACACCUCAUCCUCUGGCCAGACUUUUUAUGUGGACACACUCAUCCCACCUGUCAUUUCAGAUAUGAAGGGCCGGAGUAGUCUUUUCAGGACCUUUCUUCUAACUCUUUGAAUCUGAGGGUGAUGAAAUAAAAUUUUACAACUUUUACUGGAGCUAACAGUGGUGGGAAAGAAUUUCUAUCAAGCCAGGGUUUAUGGGAAGGAGAGACAGGGUAAAAUAUGUGCUGAAGUAAGGAUAAGGUCCUGCUCUGAUGGCUGCCUUUGAAUAAAUGGAGGGUUCAGUCUGCAGUGCAGUGAGAACACAUUACCCAUCACCACAUGGCUUUUUUGUCCUUUCACAUUGCCCGGCUUUCAGCUCGCACAUAUUUGCACGUGAUCUGGAAAAUAUGUUGACACUUCUGCUGGACUAGUUUGUAAAAAAGAAACCUCUGUGAAAAGCUACACUGGCCUUCGAAGACCUGAGGCAAGUCAGCCCGGAUGUAGAGCGACCUACUUUAUUUUGCUGGACCUGCAGGAGGAGUCAGGACAUCAAGAAAUGAGGAUGCCUCCUUAUUCCUCAUUUGUGCUAGGAGGAGUGCUGCUUCCCACCAAAAGAAAAAGCAGAGGCUGGCCCAGGGGAGGGCUGCAGCCUUCCCUACUGGGGAGUGGGCGUGGGUGCGUGUUUCUUAGCUUAUAUACCAAGCUGUCUUAUCCCUGAUGUUCCUGAUUCACAGCACUGGCGAUACUUCUGAGGUGCAUUCAAAGGUAAGCAGGGUUAUACCGGGGUAUUGCUGUUGCAAGGUGAGCAAGUGUUUCUGACUUCUACUGGUUGGUAUACCUAUACUUUGCAAAAGAACAUAUUGCUUACCUGCCACACACGCUUUAGAGCUCAUAUGCUGCUCUCCUGUGCAGGUAUUGUCAUAUCCCCUGGUCACUGACAACCUGGCAAUGAAUUAUUGUCAUGUCAGGAGGCUGGGGCUGUAGACAGCAUUAGUCGUGUCAGCAAAUCUGUGAUGUCUCCCUUCUAUUUUAAGGGUAUCAGCGGCUUCUAUUGAAACACUGCAUUUCUUUCAGGCAAGAAUGAAGUGGUGGUAAAUGGAAUUAACUCCAGCUGGAGGCCAGUUACAAGUGGCGUUCCUCAGGGCUCAGUACUGGGUCCAGACCUGUUCAAUGUCUUUAUCAAUC